UAUAUACAGGUGGUACCGAGUCAAUGUGCAGGGGUACAGGUUAGUCGAGGUAAUUUGUACAGUCCUGUGAAAGGGUCAGGCAACUCCGGUGUCUUUACUUCAACAGCAAAGUUAGAUAAUACGGAAGUUUAUGCCCUAGCACUAUACAGCUGAUUCUAAUAAUCAACAAAAUCAAAGUGUUUUUUUUAGUGCCUUUGAAAUGGGGUAUGGUAGUAGGUGUCAGGCGCACCGGUUUGUGUUAAGAACCGCAAUGCUGCUGGGUUUCACACAAGAGUUCCAGUCUGUAGCAAGAAUGGACCACAAAAAAAGCUGACAGAAUUGCUGAUUUCUGAAGCUGUUUUGAUCAAUUAUUGCAAUAUUACAUUUUCAAAAUGUUUUUAUGGAUAUGUAGUCAUGAAUCUGAGCUUCCAUUAUGUUGUGUAGCAUCUAGAGCUAGUCCUAACAUGGAACGGAUUUAUAAAACAUUGUGGAACACACUAAGGCACCACAUUCCUAGUAGGCCUUGUACGUUGUGAGACAUCAUUGAUUAAAUGUCUCGUUUGGUCACAAGAAUCAGGUCACGCGUUAUCAUGUGCCUAGGAAGGAUUCGUAACUCUCUGUGGACUCUGUAAUGAGCUGCGCUAUGUUAGAAAAUCGUACUGUAUUCUUUAAAUUAGCAUAGUAGGCGUGGCUACCUGGAGAAAGAGCUCGCGAAGAUCAUUACCGUUCCCCUAGCAGCAGGAUAUUAUGCUGGCACAAUAUGGCGGAUAAAAAUAUAUAAAAUAACAGUCCUUUUUGAAUGAGUUAUCCAUAUUACAAUGUUUUGAAAUGCGGGCUUUUAUUUAAGGUUCCCUCAUUACCAUACAAGUGACAUCAUCAUUUGUGCUGCUGGCAGAAGACUACUACUAGCGCAAAGUCUUCCAACACAUUGCAGGACAAUGUAAAGAUGUAGCUAGCAGGCGCAUAAAUAGCUUGUUAAAUUGCCAGUGUAGUAGGGAUAUGAGUUUUCGAAUAGCAUAGGUUUUUGUUUUUCAGUAACGCAAACCUGUUCGUAUGGCGUAUUCAUCUCAUUGCCUUCACUGUUAGUUGGUUUAAAUCGCCAUUUACUAGGCUAGGUAAUCUCAAAACAGCCAGUUUUGAUUCAGUCCGGUAUAACAGUAACAAAUCGAGAUGGACUACUUGUUACAGGUGAAGAUAGGUGCCCUCGUGGGUUUGUUGCUCCUGACCCUAUUUUUCGGAUUUAUCCCUGCUCGGAUGAAGUGGUUCAGAGAAACCAGUGGGACAGAAACCCAUCGGGUGGUCCUGAGUUUCAUCAGCUGUUUUGCCGGAGGCGUCUUCCUGGCUGCCUGUCUGUUGGACAUCAUCCCAGACUACCUGUCAGACAUCAAUGCUGAGCUGGCCGCACGGAGGGUGGACACCAGCUUCCCCCUCCCAGAGUUCGUCAUGGCUGCAGGCUUCUUCACUGUGCUCAUCAUGGAGAGGAUCGUUCUGAACUGCAGACAAGAUGCCAUGCAAGGAUCAGACCAGGAGAGAGCACCUCUGAUGCAGGCCAACGGGCACGGCCAUGGGCACGGGCAGGGGAGAGCCUCGUCCACCGACCUGGAGGGUAGUGCCCACCACGUCCACAUGGACCUCCAGGCCCACUCCUCCUUUCGCUCGUUCAUGCUCUUUUUCUCGCUCUCCCUCCAUUCUGUGUUCGAGGGCCUGGCCAUCGGGCUGCAGACCACAGACUCAAAGGUAUUAGAGAUCUGCAUCGCCAUUGUGGUCCACAAGAGCAUCAUCGUGUUCAGCCUAUCGGUGAAGCUGGUGCAGAGCGCGGUCCCGCCCAUGUGGGUUGCGGCCUACGUGGGCGUCUUCGCCAUGAUGUCUCCGCUAGGAAUCGCAGUGGGCAUCGGGGUUAUCGAGGCCCAGCUGGCGGCAGGCGUUUUGAUCCAGGCCAUCCUGGAGGGGCUGGCGGCCGGGACCUUUAUUUACAUCACCUUCAUGGAGAUCCUGCCUCACGAACUGAACUCCCCGGAGAACCAGCUGCUCAAGGUGUUCUUCAUCCUGCUGGGCUUCAGCGUCAUGGCGGGCCUCACCUUCCUGGGCUGAGAGGAUGUCACCCACGGGAGCAACUGACCUAGCAGGAAUAUGGGUGUGGCUCAUAUGAAUCAUGGGACUUGAUGUUGUGUACUAGGGUCGCAAUAAGAGGAGGUGUCUCAGGGAGACGGCCAACAUAAAACCGGUCCCGUUUUACUGCAGUGUUGGUGCAGGGGAGAUUACAGUGCCCAUGUCUGGCUGUGCCCGUGUGCCACUUUUAUUUAAGGGUCACAGCUGUUCUUACUCUGUAUUUUUGUUUUUAAGGGUGUGAUACUCAUUGGUAUUUUUUAUCCUGGUUUUAGCAUAGCUUUUAAUUUCACAGCCAAGGAUGGUAAGACAGUCUUUCAUUUAAGAACUUUUAAUGAUUUCAAAUUGAUUAGAUUUAGUGAGGUACUUCUUUUUAAUUUGAUUGUUUUAGCAGUGGGAAAAAAAUAAGCACACAGAAUGUAUUGGUUGUUUAUCCUGUGGCAUACAUACCAGUGGUUGGUUAUCUUUCUUUUAAAGUAUCAAUUUUUUAACAAUCGCUGUUUGUAACCUUUUGCACAUAACUGAAGAUCACUGAAAAAAGAGCUGUUUGAACUGACGUCAUGAUUGCCUGGUCUCUUUGGCAAUUGACGGGUGGCAAGGAGUGGAAUGUUAGCUAAAAAGACUUGUACCCAGACUAACAUGAUAUCUCUUAAUAGUCAAAUUAAUCUGUCGCAUCAAUAUCUCAUUAUGUAUACAGGGUCAAAUGUAAAUUGCAUCAUGUUUACCCUUUUGGAUGUGUGCCCAACAUGAGCACUAUUUUGGAGCCUCCACAGUUAAGUUGAAGUAUUAAAUGCUUUAUCGCCAUUGUGGAACAAAAAUUGUUUUCACCUUGAGAACUAUACUAUGCCUUACAAAUUAAUAAAGAAAAUGUUUUAUUGUCACACAGCGGAUAGGUGCAGUGAAAUGUAUUUUACAGGGUCAGCCAUAGUAGUACGGUGCCCCUGGAGCAAAUUAGGGUUAAGUGCCUUGCUCAAGGGCACAUCGGCAGAUUUUUCACCUUGUCGGCUAAUAUGCAAAGACAAAACAUUGUGAUUAACACAGUAUUGUCUGUAAAAUCAACAGAAGUGUUAAAUGUACCUAAGUAUAUAAAUGUUAAAUGUCUAAAAAAAUGUAUUUCACAUGUCAGAUACUUGAAUGAUUUGUAUGGAGAGAUACUUAUUGUCCUUCAGCGUUAAAACACCAUCUUGGUAUAAGUAAUGUUUUCCCAGGGUUUUUACCUCAUGUCAUCACUUUGUGUGGAGGUAUCAUUCAUUUCGUAAUUGACAUGAUGCAAUUGAGAGAGUGUAUUGUCAGUGCCACCUCACGAGUUUGAUACAGAGCAAUAGUCCGGUUGCUUUUUGGAGAACAAUAUAUUUAGAGAGAUUAUGAAGUUAUUUUAACAGAGGUUAAGAAGUUCAAUUUAAGCACGUGUUUUCCUGACUCGGUUCGUCAUUGUGUUGAUAGUUUCCCUACCCCAGCCAUGAGUCAUGUUUCUGUUGUUAACAAGGCUUCAAGUUUAUAACAACACUAUCUCAAGUGGCCCUGAGCUUCCUCUUACUGCUCCAUUCUCCUCUCUGACACUGUUGCAGUAAAAUAAUGAUUAAACAAGUUGGCUAUGA